CGGAUGUGUACACUACGAUCUCUGGGAAACGUUUUCAUAUGCUUGUCGUUGGUUGCAACAUACAACAUACACGAUGUUAACAUGAAAUUGGAUAAUAUAUAAGUAAGAGAUAAUUUUUAGGGGUUGUUUUAUUAAAAGCUAUUGAGAUGGUGAAAGAAAAGCCAAAUUCGAUAAGAACUUAUGACAAGGAUGGAUUCAGACGGCGAGCAGCAUGCUUGUGCUUUAAAGAUCAUAAAGAGGAGGAGCUUCUUCUUGUGACAAGCAGCAAAGAUAGGGAAAAAUGGGUGGUGCCAGGUGGUGGAAUGGAGCCCACUGAAGAAUCACAAACUACAGCUGAAAGAGAAGCUCUAGAGGAAGCAGGGGUCAGGGGUACACUGGGGAGAUACCUGGGCAUGUUUGAGAACAAAGAGAAAAAACACAGGACCUGGUUGUAUGUGUUUUAUGUCAAUGAGUUGCUUGAUGAUUGGGAAGAUAAAAAGUCAAUGGGUCGUAUCAGAAAGUGGUUCACUGUUGAGGAAGCACCCCAGUGGUUAUCUCACAAACCAGUCCAAGUUAGCUACUUAGAACUCCUAAAGAAGGAAGGAGAAAUGGUCUCAUGACGUCAUGUGGCCGUCUCAAGAGAGUAGAAAUUAUCUGUUCUCUUUUUAUACCAUCACUCUACUGAUGUCUGUGGUACUAUUUGAGAUAUUGAUGCAGAGUUUUCAUUGGAGGCCAUUAUUGAUCAAUACAUGUCCUGUUUAUUAGAAUUAGUGUAUAAUUAAUCAAAUUGUUUCUGGUUCCUGAGAUGAAAUUGUUUAUUUCCUUAACAUAAACUACAAAAGUAUACUUUUGGUAAUUUAGCACAUAUCAUCUUGAAGUCUGGUUGAAAAGUGUUUACAAAUAACCAUGUCAGAAAUAUAUAUAUAUUUUUUAAAAUGUCAGGUGAUUUUUUUUUAAAACAUUCUUUUCAUUGAAAAUUUAAUUGUAAAUUCAUUUAACAGUUGGUAUUUAUUGUUUGAGAGUUAAUCUUGUGCAUCGUCAAGCACUAAAAUUAUUGAAUUAUUGAUAGUUGACACCUCCAGGAAAUGUAAUAAAGCUCUUCCUUGAUGUGUGGUUGAUGAGGUUGAAGUAGAGUGGUAAAUAAAUAAUUUAAAUAAAUUACUUCUUGGGGAAAAUAGUUGCUCUCUGGAGGUUUUCUAGAGGUUUUGCUUUAUACAGACAGUAGGAAGGGUGUGAGAGUUAUUAGCUGGUCUGUGAUCAAACUUCAGUAGCCCACAGGGAAUGGAAAAUGGAGUAGUGCUUAGAAAAUACAAGUGCUGGAGGGAAAAAACCCCCAUCAGAUUCCAAAUUUUGUGAUGGAGAAUAUAAACAGCUCCUUUUUUUAAGACUAAGACUUGUAUAAGUAAUGUAUGGACUCAUUGUGGUUUACAUGACAUUGAUAUAACUAGUAAUUAUUUGGACUAUUGUACACAAACAUUUUAUUGUAACCAUUUUGUAAAACAUCCUAGUCAGUAAAAGCAGUUAUUCCAUAUAUGCUCAAGGAUAGGCUUCCCAGUUUUGUAAUAUUAACAUGUAAUUCCCACUUGUCUUGUGAUUUGCAUUGGGGAAAAAAAUCACCAAAAAAACCAUUGUUUAAUAUUUUUAUUUUUUAAAAAAAAUAAUGAUUUUUGAAAUUUGAUUUUCAUAAAAAUGUUAUAUUUUAAUUUUCUAGAAAAAAAAGUAAAAGGAAAUGUUAAUUGCUUCCAUUAUCAUAUUUCCACUCUUACUUGUUCUUCACU